UUUUUCCGCUGAACGCACCCGUUGUGUCCUACCGAACGCAGCCGAUGAGUCCUCUCAUCGACUUUCAGUAUAACUUGAACAUAAUUAAGCAUAAACAUGCAUGCAGUGGUUAUGUAUAAUAUAAUAUACUUAAAUAUAAAUCUAUAACAAAAAGGAUUCAUAAUAUUAUCAUAUAUUUGUAUGAACGAAAAGUGCAAUGACGACGUCCGAGUCGAUAAUAGGAAGAUGUUCUUUGAUGUGUCCUAUAAAAGAGCAACGGAUGAGGGAGGUGGAAGGAUUGUUACAUGUAUUUGAAAUUGAUGACAAAACAAAACACAUGAAAAGACCCAAAGUUGAUCCUGCUAAAGCUGUAAAGUGUUUUAGCCGUUCUGCUGCUGGUCAAAUUAUGACAAACCCAGAUUUAUUGCGUCCACCACAUGUAUUAUUAUCCACUGUCCGAUAUUUGUUUACAAAGAUAAUCACGAAAACUGAUAUAAAUUGGGUAUUAAUAUAUGAUUUUGUGUUUGAUCGAUUGAGAUCGGUGCGACAAGAUGCUGUAAUCCAAAGAAUUGAUACUGCUGCCAAUAUUCGUCUCCUAGAACCAAUUAUUCGUUUUCAUAUUUAUGCGGCGCAAAGGCUGUAUGAGAGAAGUAUUUCAGAAUUUGAUGCAAAAAUAAAUAAUAAGCACUUGUUAGAAUGUAUAAAGCAUUUGCUUGUGCUGUACGAUAAACAAGAUAACAAAAACACGAGAGAUGAUUUAGAUAUAUGUGAGGAUUUUGAUAAAAUGACAUUGAAUAAUAAUCGAUCAGAGAUGGAAGCCUUGUAUAUUCUUCUGCAUGUUGGAGAUCAGGAUGCUCUGAAAAGAGCUCUUAUGCUUUCACCGGAUUUGAACAGAAAUUCGCCGACAGUUAAAUUGGCUGUACAGAUAUCACUAGCUUGGUAUCUGAGAAACUAUGUACGUGUUCAUCGUUUGGUUCAACAACUAUCCCCACUAAUGGCUUGUGCAUUCUUUUCUAAUUUACAAAGUUUUAGAAGGGAUGUUUUACAAAUCAUGGCUUCUGGUUAUAAUAAUAAGGUGUUGACAUUCCCAGGGCUGAAAUUACAGGAACUAUUAUUUUACAAAGAUAUAAGUAGAAUUCAGGCAGAUUGCAAGCUAUUUGGAUUAACGUUCACUAACGAAAACGUUUUAUUCCAGAAAUUACAGUUUGACAACAAAAUUUUAUUGGCUAAUCCAGAGAUGUAUUACACUACUACUGUUUUGCAUAACCUUGUACCAAAAAUCCUCUUGGAAUGCACGUCUACUUAGCAAUAAAUGCAGAAUCAAGACUGUAAUAUGUAAAAUCUUCACAUUUUAUUGUUUAAGUUAAAUAUUAUGUAGUGUUUAAUACAAAGAUAUUUAUAUAUCUAUUGAGAACUAUAAAUAUAUAAACUUAUAUCUAC